AUGAAUAAAUUGAUGAAAUAGUGUGCUUUAAGAAUAUAAUAACAUGCUACGACUAAUGAGGCAUACUUAUACACAAUAAAUGAUUAUGAGUAGGUUGGUGAAACCAUUAUUAUAGUAUUUAUUGAUAUAAAUUAUUUAAAUUCAUGUAGCAGAAUACCAGAUUCUUAAUUUAAUACGUUAGUAAAUAUCAAUUCAUUUCUGACAUAUAAUAUUAUGAAAUUCAUACUUUUUAGAUUUGAAUUACACUUAAGGGUAGUUCUCAAAUAUCUAACUUUGUCUAACCAAUAGAUAUAAGAAAGAAAACUUACAAAGAACAUCGAAAUCAUUCUAUGA